GGGAAUGUGGGGAUGGGUGGAGGAGUGAAUGGAUGGAUGGAUGAAUAGCUCCAUGGAUGGAUGGGUGGACGGAUGGAUGCAUGGAUACAUAGAUGAGUAGCUGCACAAGUAGGUGGGUGAGUGGGUGGAUGGAUGGAUGGAUGGAUGGAUGGAUGGAUGGAUGGAUGGAUGGAUGGAUGGAUAAGUCUAUGAGUGGGUGUGUGGACGGUUGGAUGGGUGAGCAGAAGAGAUGUUUGGAAGGACAGAUGCCUGUGGGCAGUGCCCCCUGCCCUGCGGUCCUUGUCCCCCACAGACAGACCUCCCCUCCCUCUGCCCCAGUCUCCAUCAGCGAUGUGGAGACAGUGCGGGAAGGGCACCAGUCAGAGGUGUUGCAGAGCCUGGCUGAGGAGUUCCCCCCUGAACGCUGCUUCACCAUUGUUUUCUACGGGCGUCGGGGCAAUCUUGACCUCAUUGCUGGCACAGAGGAAGAGGCGCAGUGCUGGGUCCAGGGCCUGCGCCAGCUCAUUGAAGUAGCCACCAGCAUGGACCAGAGGGAGAGAAUAGACCAAUGGAUUCGUGACUGGUUCCAGAAAGCUGACAAGAAUAAGGACGGGCGCAUGAACUUCAAGGAGGUGCAGCGUCUCCUCAAGAUGAUGAACGUAGACAUGAACGAGGACCAUGCCCUGCGACUCUUCCAGGCUGCCGACAAGUCAGAGUCAGGGACGCUGGAAGGGGAAGAGUUUGUGCUCUUCUACAAAGCCCUCACGGAGCGCAAGGAGGUGCAGAGCCUAUUCCAGGAGUUCUCUGAGGACGGGAAGAAGCUGACGCUUCUGGAGCUGGUGGAUUUCCUGCGGCAGGAGCAGCUGGAGGAGGAGGGCACGGAGGAGCUCGCUAUGGAGCUCAUUGACAAAUAUGAGCCCUCGGAGACAGCUAGGGCUCGCCACGCGCUGAGUGCUGAUGGGUUCCUCAUGUACCUCUGCUCCCCGGAGGGCUCCAUCUUCAAUCCUCAGCACCGGGCUCUGUGGCAGGACAUGACCCAGCCUCUCUGCCACUACUUCAUCUCCUCCUCUCACAACACCUACCUGAUAGAGGACCAGAUCCGGGGUCAGAGCAGCAUCGAAGGCUACAUCAGGGCUCUGAAACGGGGCUGCCGCUGCCUGGAGGUGGAUUGCUGGGACGGGCCGAACGGGGAGCCCAUAGUGUACCACGGCCACACCUUCACCUCCAAGAUCCCCUUCAGGGAGGUGGUGAGCACCUUGGGGAAGUACGCCUUCCAGGCUUCCGAAUUCCCAGUGAUCCUGUCCCUGGAGAACCACUGCAGCUUGGAGCAGCAGGAGGUGCUGGCCCAACAGCUGAAGGACAUUCUGGGGGAGCAGCUCCUCACUGCCACCACUGAUGGGCGCGUCCCCACCCAGCUCCCAUCCCCGGAGGAGCUGAAGCACAAGAUCCUGCUGAAGGGGAAGAAGAUCGGUCGGCUGGAGGACACACUGGAUGGGCCAGGGGAUGAGGCACCCGAUGUGUCUGAUGAUGACAAUGGGGCAGAGGCAGAGGAGGAGAAGCGGAGGAUGAAGAAGGACAGGGAGAGCCUGGCACAGGCGUUGUCUGACUGCGUUGUCUACUGCAAGAAUGUGUCCUUCCGGGGUUUCCAGGAGGCCCGCAACCACUCCCGGCCUUCCGAAAUCUCCUCGCUCUCUGAGGCAAAGGCCAGGAAGCUCAUCCGGGAUGCAGGGAAUGAGUUUGUCCGGCACAACACCUGGCAGCUGACACGCAUCUACCCCAGUGGGAUGCGGACAGACUCCUCCAAUUACAGCCCCCAGGAGAUGUGGAACGCAGGAUGUCAGAUUGUGGCCCUGAACUUCCAAACAGCUGGCAUGGAGAUGGACCUGUGCGAUGGGCUGUUCAGCCAGAAUGGCCACUGUGGCUACGUGCUUAAACCGCCCUUCAUGAGAGAUGAAGGGACUCUCUUCAACCCCAGUGAUCCCAGCACUUGGCAGGGCCUCGGCCCCGUCACCUUGACAAUCCAGGUGAUCAGUGGGCAGCAGCUGCCCAAAGUGGCCAACAGCAAGGAUGGAGCCAUCAUCGACCCUCUGGUACGCGUGGAGAUCCAUGGGGUGCCCGCAGACCAGGCACACCAGGAGACCAAGUACAUUGAGAACAACGGGUUUAACCCCCACUGGGACGAGACCCUUCAGUUCCAGCUUCACGUGCCCCAGCUGGCCCUUGUCCGCUUUGUGGUGGAGGAUUAUGACAAGACCUCCAGGAACGAUUUCGUGGGACAGUUCACCCUGGCCUUUGCCAACAUCAAACCUGGAUACCGUCACAUCCAUCUCCUCUCCAAGGAUGGCACCAGCAUCCCGCCCUCUUCGCUCUUUGUCCACAUCCGCAUCACCGAGCCGCCUGGCCCAGAGCAAGACUGAACCCACGGUGCCAGCGGAACCCGGAUAGAAGCCAUAGGGCUGACCUUGGUUUUGGCCCGUGCAGUUGUGGCCACAGAGCUGACCAUGCCACCCUGUAGUCAAAUCUGUUUGUGUAGUCUCUGUGUUAUCGUUGCUGCUGUGUCCCCUUUUCAGUGGCCUCUGGGGGUUGGGGAAAGGCAGUGAUGUCUCCAUGCCAGGUUUGGGAUGCUGCCUACUGCCCUCCCUUCCCAGGCACUUGUAUGGGGGUGUGCUGGUGUGUGUCCCUCCAUGUAUGGCUGGACAUGGACACAAAGAGGAGGAGAGCUGGUGCAUGGGGCUGGUCCCCAAAGCCAGAGCAGCACAGCUGGAGCACAGCAAACUUCAGGCAGAGCUGGGAGAGGAGCUGGAACUCACUGCCUCCUGACCCAACAGAGCCAGUCAGAGCCCCUUGGCCUACACAGCCGGAGUGGUGCUCCUGCCCAGUGCCAUGUUACUUACCCUUGCUGUGUCCUUUCUAUGUAAACAACCUAAUAAAUUGUUCAGUGACAGGCA